GGCCUCUUUCCUUUUUUGGCUCGACCUUCGCUCCUCGGAGCUUGGGGGCUUGACACCCACGCAGAGGAAAGACGCUCUUGGAGGAACCUCUAAGGUGCGGAGUUGGGAAAGAUUUGUUCCAGCUCAAGCCCUUGAAAUACCAGAUCCCAGCGGGUUGGGAUGAAUCUGAAAGUGGCCACGCUUAGCUUUGCGAAACAAUGCACAGCUUUGCAUAACCAACUCUGAGAGGCAUUUAAAGGCGUCGCUGCAGCCCCAGACGCUGUAGUCAUCUUUGCACAGACCUACUUUUGCAAUGAUUCCCAGGAUGCAGGCUCCCAUCCUGAUCGCCCUGGGCUUGCUUCUCGCUGGACCUGGGGCCCUUGCAAAGGUCUUAGCGAAACCGGCAUUCCGGAUCAGUAGCUUUUCCUGGGAGAACUGUGACGGGGGGAAGGACCCUGUGCUGAUCAAAAGCCUGACGGUGGACCCUAGCCCCAUUGUGGAUCCGGGGAAUGUGACUGUCAGUGCCGAGACCCUGACGAGUGUUACCCUCAGUUCUCCCCUGAAGGUGGACCUGACUGUGCAGAAGGAAAUGGCGGGCUUGUGGGUCAAAGUCCCGUGUGUGGACCAGAUUGGCAGCUGCACCUAUGAAGACAUCUGUGACAUACUUGACAUCUUCCUUCCCCCUGGAGAGCCCUGCCCGGAGCCCCUGCAUGCCUAUGGGCUUCCCUGCCACUGUCCCUUCAAACAAGGCAAAUACUCACUGCCCAAGAGUGUUUUCACCCUACCCCACCUGGACCUGCCUGGCUUGCUCAGUACCGGAAACUACCGCAUCCAGAACAUCCUAAGCAGCGGUGAGAAACGUCUGGGCUGUUUCAAGAUGAAUGUCUCUCUAGAGGCCUUAUAAUGUGGCACCAGCUGCAGAAGAAUGAAGGGAUGUGAGGAAGGUGUCCCCCUUCCUCUGUCUUGUGUUCGUCAAGGCCAAAUUCUGAUUUUCUGUCCCCCUUCAAGCCCCUUCCCACAGUGGUGUACUACCCUCACUGAAAAUCAUUUUGUGCCACUUACAUUUUAGGUGUGAGCAAGCAGCCUGAACCUAACGUAGCGAGAGCCUGGUGGUUCUUGACAGCUCAGGACAUCUACUGGGCUGGCCACUUCCUUUUCCUCCUCACCGCUGAGGCUUUCUGUCGCAUAGCUUAACUCAUCUUCUAAACGGUCCAGAAAUAGGACAAACAUGUUUUGUGACGCCAUGUUCAGACUAACCCAGUCUUCCUUUCCUGAAGUAACUUUAUGGUUUUCUCAUUAAAAGUUUGUCGUUAACUUAAA